AUGCCCCCUACGGGUUACUGGACAGCUAAAGGCCGAGCCUUACGACGAUGGGCCUCAUCACCCCGAGGGAUCUUCAUCAUACUCUUCUCUUUGCAUUCCCUCGCUUGGUUAGGAGUUUACAUCUGGUUACUUGGCUACCCACCCCAAUCAAUGUGCCACCCCACCUGCGACGCCGACAACUCCCCCCGCCAGAAGUGGGUCGAGAUUGCCACCCAGGUCCUGUACGCUCACAACUAUCUCCCGGGCCUCGCGGUUGCAUUCUGUAGAUCUCCGGACAUGUACCUGUGGGGCCGCUGGCGACUGGGCGGCUCGCUCCGCACGCGCCAGAAAGCGUUCGCCACUCUCGCCUCGAUCCACGAUUUCUGGUUCAGGCUCGAUGACCAAGCCUCCUCCGUUGCCAGAGACUUGAAGGAAGGUGAAGCACUGGUACUAAGGGCAUCACCGACUCCGAUGUAUAAGCUGGAUCUAGUGGUCUGGAGCUAUAUUCUCGGUUCCGUCUUGAAUGUGGGCCUCGCGGUCUGCAUGUGGGCGCUGAAUCGAUCGACCCGACCCUACUGGCUCCCAGGCUGUUUGGCACUUCCCGCGGGGGUUGUGAUAACAACUGGGGGGGUGAUUAUUCGGUUAGAGCAGAGGCGAGCGCGUGUUCAUGCUUCAAGUCAUUGCAACACCAGCACCGAUGCUGAAAGCAUAGACAGUGAAACGACAUAUGUUGAACGCACGGACAGUGAAUAGACAGAUGUUGAAAGCACGGACGGUAAAAGUAUCAAUGCUAAGACUAGAAAUAAGAGACGACUGGC